CCAUCUUUAACGAUCAAUCUCGAAACCCUUUUUCACGUUCAUAUCCAUAAUUCAUUCACAUAACUAUAAAACAAUUAUAAUAAAUGCAUGCAAACCCACAACCCACACAUGUACCAAGAUGAUGAAAACAGAGAUCAAAAGAAAAAAAACGGCAAUGAGAAAUAUAGUUAUUACAAAAUGUUCGGAUAUUUUAACCGGAAGUUCAAGAUCAACGAAUUGGGCCCACCGGAUGACGUCAUCGAUGUUUUCAAAUUGUAUUCAAAAGAUGAAAAGGAGAUGUUGCCCGAUGGUUUUUUGCGCUUCUUGAUUGAGUUUCAGGGAGAAGAACGGGUCACAAUUGAGGAUGUGGAGCGCUUUAUGGGUCGGGUCAUUGAUCCCGCCCGGUCUGAUUUGACCCGAUGUGCUUUUACUGUUAAUGAUUUGUUUCAGUAUCUGUUACUUGAUGACAUCAAUGGGCCUAUAAAGACUGAGGCACAUCAUGAUAUGACCGCUCCAUUGCAACAUUAUUUUAUAUACACCGGCCACAACUCAUACCUUACUGGAAAUCAACUCAGUAGUGAUUCUAGUGAAAAACCGAUCAUAAAGGCACUUCAAAAAGGUGUUCGGGGGAUAGAACUUGAUUUAUGGCCAAGUAAUACAAAAGAUGGAAUAAAUGUACUCCAUGGGAGGACGUUGACAACUCCAGUAACACUUCAUAAAUGUUUAAAGUCGAUUAAAGAGCAUGCUUUUGAAAAAUCUCCGUAUCCUGUUAUGAUAACUUUAGAGGAUCAUCUAACGCCAAGUCUUCAAGCUAAAGUUGCAGAGAUGGUCACAAGCACUUUUGGAGAUAUGCUAUACUACCCAAAGGAAAUUGAUAAAGAGCAAUUCCCUUCACCCGAAGCACUAAAAAAUCAGAUCAUCCUUUCAACAAAACAACCAAAAGAAUACCUUCAAUCCAAGAAUGUGGACAAAGAACGCUCGUCAGAUGAUGAGCCGGAAGAUCAAAGGAGUAACAGUGAUGAGGCAGCUGCUGCUGCUGUUGCUGUUGAUGAGGAAGCUGCGGCUGCUACUAAUGAGGGAUGCACGGUAAGUAAUAGAGACUGUACUAAAGAAGCAUGCUCUAGCACAACUCAACCACUGUCAAAAAUUCUUGGUCCUGGCUAUGAAGAUAAUGAUGAUGAUAGUGACGAUGACGUUGAUGAUGAUUAUAUCGAAGAUGAAAAUUAUAGGCCCCAAAAAGCCCUUGAAUACAAACAUCUCAUUGCCAUUCGUGCUUACAAGCCAAAAAAUGGAACGAGAAAUGCGUUAAGGGAUGAUCCCGGGAAAGCUAAACGUCUUAGUGUGAGUGAACAAGCCCUUGAAAAAGCUGCAAAUGAUUAUGGAGAUGAAAUUGUCAGAUUCACACAAAAAUAUAUUCUUCGGGUGUUUCCAAAGGGAACGCGGGUUACCUCUACAAACUUUAAACCACUUACUGCAUGGAUGCAUGGUGCUCAAAUGGUCGCCUUCAAUAUGCAGGGGUAUGGGAGAUCACUAUGGAUGAUGCAUGGUAUGUUCAGAUCAAAUGGAGGGUGUGGUUAUAUUAGAAAGCCCGCUUUUCUUAUGGGCAGGGGUCCGAAUGAUGAAGUAUUUGACCCCAAAGCAGAAUUACCGGUGAAGAAAACUUUGAAGGUAAAGGUGUACAUGGGCGACGGGUGGCGUUUGGAUUUUAGUCAGACUCACUUUGACUCGUACUCACCUCCAGAUUUCUACACAAAGAUCUAUAUGGCUGGAGUAUCAGCUGACGUGGCGAAGAAGAGAACCAAAGUAAUCGGAGAUGAUUGGACGCCUGUAUGGAAUGAAGAAUUCACAUUCCCGUUGACAGUCCCCGAGCUAGCUUUACUUGGGAUUGUUGUACAAGAAUACGACGUAGACAGUGAUGACUUUGCGGGUCAAACAUGUUUGCCUGUCGCCGAAUUGAGACCAGGGAUUCGUGUCGUUCCACUUUAUAACAAGAAGGGAGAGAAAUAUAAAUAUGUAAAGCUUCUUAUGCGAUUUUCAUUUGUAUAAACACCAUCACAGUGAUCUUUUUGUCAAAAAUAGGAAUUUUU